AUUGGGGAGGCAACAGCACAUCUUCUGUUCAUCUUCGACCGGGUCCAUAGCAGAUUCACAAACACAAUCAUCUGCAGGUCGAGCAGCAGGCCUGCUUGUCUUUGCAAGAUGAGAUUCUUCAUAGAUCAGCUGGAAGUGCUCUUCCCAUAUCCAAGGAUAUAUCCAGAGCAAUAUGCCUACAUGUGCGAUCUCAAAAAGACGCUGGAUUCGUCUGGACACUGCGUUCUGGAGAUGCCUUCGGGUACUGGCAAGACGGUCUCGCUGCUCUCGCUGAUUAUUGCGUAUCAGCAGCAUUACCCAGAGGCCAGGAAGCUCAUAUAUUGCUCCCGUACCAUGUCCGAGAUUGAAAAGGCGCUCGCAGAGCUGAAGGCCCUUAUGAAGUACCGCACAGAACAGCUCGGCUACGAGGAAGAAUUCCGUGCUGUCGGCUUGUCUAGUCGCAAGAACUUGUGUCUCCAUCCAUCGGUCAAGCGUGAGAAAAGUGGAUCCGUUGUUGACGCCCGCUGUCGUAGCCUGACGGCUGGCUUUGUCAAGGAAAAGAAAGAGCGCGGGGAAGACGUAGAUCUCUGCAUAUAUCACGAAAACUUGGAUCUUCUUGAGCCUUCCAAUCUGAUUCCGACUGGCGUUUGGACCAUUGACGGCCUCUUGCGCUACGGCGAGGACAAGAAACAGUGUCCCUACUUCACAGCGCGACGCAUGAUGCAAUUCUGCAACGUGAUCAUCUACUCAUACCAUUAUCUGCUAGAUCCCAAGAUCGCCGAGCGUGUCUCGAAGGAGUUCUCCAAGGAUUGUAUAGUUGUCUUUGAUGAAGCCCACAACAUCGACAAUGUUUGCAUUGAGUCACUAAGCAUCGAUAUAACGGAAGACUCGUUGCGGAAAGCAACACGAGGUGCGAACAAUCUGGACAGGAAGAUUACUGAAAUGAAGUCGACAGACGCAGCGAAGCUACAGAACGAAUACGCAAAGCUAGUAGAAGGGCUCCGGGAUGCCGGCGAACAGAGAGACGAAGGUGCUUUCAUGGCCAACCCUGCACUGCCAGACGAUCUCCUCAAAGAAGCCGUGCCUGGAAACAUCCGGCGAGCAGAGCACUUUGUAUCCUUCCUCAAACGCUUCAUAGAGUAUCUCAAGACGCGUAUGAAAGUCCACCACGUAAUAUCAGAGACGCCGCCCUCCUUCCUCCAACACCUCAAAGAGCUCACCUUCAUCGAGAAGAAGCCCCUCAGAUUCUGCGCCGAACGCCUCACCUCCCUCGUCCGCACGCUCGAACUCACAAACAUCGAAGACUACAAACCACUCCAAGAAGUCGCCACAUUCGCAACCCUCGUGGCCACCUACGACACCGGCUUCGUCCUCAUCCUCGAGCCCUACGAAAGCGAAACCGCCCAAGUCCCCAACCCGAUCCUCCACUUCACCUGCCUCGACGCCGCCAUCGCCAUCAAGCCCGUCUUCGACCGCUUCAGCUCCGUCAUCAUCACCUCCGGCACCAUCUCCCCACUCGAAAUGUACCCGCGCAUGCUCGGCUUCACCGCCGUCGUCCAAGAAUCCUACACCAUGACCCUCGCCCGCAAAUCCUUCCUCCCCAUGAUCGUCACCCGCGGCAGCGACCAAGGCACCAUCUCCUCGGGCUUCCAGAUCCGCAACGACCCCUCCGUGGUGCGCAACUACGGCAACCUCCUCACCGAAUUCUGCAAACUCACCCCGGACGGCCUCGUCGUCUUCUUCCCCUCCUACCUCUACAUGGAAUCCAUCAUCUCCAUGUGGCAGGGCAUGGCCAUCCUCGACACCGUCUGGAAGCACAAGCUCAUCCUCGUCGAGACCCCCGACUCCCAGGAAACCGCCCUCGCCCUCGAGACCUUCCGCGCCGCCUGCUCCAACGGCCGCGGAGCGGUCCUCCUCUGCGUCGCCCGCGGUAAAGUCAGCGAGGGCAUCGACUUCGACCACCACUACGGCCGCACCGUCCUCUGCAUCGGCGUCCCGUUCCAGUACACCGAGUCGCGCAUCCUCAAGGCGCGCCUCCAGUUCAUGCGCGAGAAUUACAACAUCCGCGAGUCCGACUUUCUCUCCUUUGACGCCAUGCGCCACGCCGCGCAGUGUCUCGGCCGUGUGCUCCGCGGCAAGGACGACUACGGCAUCAUGGUGCUUGCUGAUCGCCGCUUUCAGAAGAAGCGCGCGCAGUUGCCGAAAUGGAUUAAUCAGGCGCUGCCUGAGGCGGAGACGAAUCUGAGUGUCGAUCAGGCGACUGCGGUGGCGAAGCGGUUUCUGCGUGAUAUGAGUGUGCCGUUUGAUGGGCGGUUUCAGGAGGGCGUGAGUACGUGGAGUAAGGCGGAUUUGCUGCGGCAUAAGGCCAAGGUUGAGGAGGAUGAGUUGCGGGUGUUGAGGGCGGAGCGGGAGGAUGUUGAUAUGGGGGGUGGGGAUGGGGGUGGUGAUGAUGGGUUCGAUGAGGUGGAUGAGGAUGCGUUGGCGGAGAUGGACCUGUGAGGUUCGAUAAAGGCAUGGUUGAUCCUAGAAGCAGUAAUAAAAAUGGGAAUACAUCAACACCAUGAGACGCAUAUUUAACCAAGACAAUCAGUGACGUACACAGCAUAAUGCACUCCCAAAAGGUCGUGUUGAGGCUAGGACAGUUAAGGGUAUAUUCUGACUGACUGAUCACUGCGAACGAGAUACUCCCAAACCAGGCAAGCCCUCCCAUCAAGGCUCGCUCACAUGCUCUGCUACACAGCAAAACUUCAUCAUCAGCCAGUGUACAAAUCGUACACGCACAUACACGACGCUCCUUUAUGUAUCCCGCGCACCAAUGCAAAGAACGCUAAUUCGACGCAAAUGCAGCAACGCCCACCAACGACGCAUCAUCACAAAAACGCCCUCGACGCGCCCCCUUUCUCCAAAUCAUCACCGUCAUCACUGUCAUCAGGGUCAUGAGUAGUAGGCGU